AUGGAUUCUCUUGUUGAAGCAAACAGCAAAUUUUGUUUUGACCUUUUUCAAGAGAUAAGCAAAAAUCACGAGGAUAAAAACAUCUUUUUUUGUCCUCUGAGUGUUUCAGCUGCUCUCAGCAUGGUCCGCCUGGGGGCCAGACAUGGUAGUGCCCAACAGAUCGACAAGGUGCUGCACUUCAGUGAAUUUUCCCCGAAGGAAAGUGAGAAUCCAGAGCCGUGUAUGAGAAGCAAACCACGAGGAGAGACUGGGGACUCUGCGAAAGGGCAGGAAGAAACAAAAGGGUCUUCUGUGACUCAGUCAGAGUCUUCCAGAGACCAGAGUGAAGUGCUCAGCUGCUACUUCGGGCAACUUCUGUCCAAACUGGACAGGGUCCGAGCGGAUUACACCCUGAGUAUUGCCAACAGGUUGUAUGGAGAGCGGGAAUUCCCGGUACACCAGGAAUACUUGGACGGUGUGAUCCAGUUUUACCACACGACUUUUGAAAGCGUGGAUUUCCGCAAAGACACUGAAAAGUCCAGGCGAGAGAUUAACUUCUGGGUUGAAUCUCAGUCCCAAGGUAAAAUCAAGGAGCUCUUUAAUGAGGAUGCCAUUACUGAUUCCACGGUGCUGGUGCUGGUGAAUGCUGUUUAUUUCAAGGCCAAAUGGGAAAAAUACUUUGACUGUGAGAACACGGUGGAGGCCCCAUUUUUACUCAGUGAGAAUGAAAGUAAGUGUGUGAAGAUGAUGAACCAAAAGGGUCUCUUUAACAUCGGCUUCAUAGAGGAGCUGAAGGCUCAGGUCCUUGAAAUGAAAUACACCAAGGGAGGGCUCAGCAUGUUCAUCCUGCUGCCGGCGGCCUCGGAAGACAACCUGAAAGGCCUGAAAGAGCUUGAACAGAGCAUCACCUACGAGAAACUAAUGGCCUGGAGCAACUCAGAAAACCUGUCAGAGGAAAGAGUAGCUGUCUCCUUGCCCCAGUUCACCUUGGAAGACAGCUACGAUCUUAAUUCUAUUCUCCAGGACAUGGGGAUCACGGAUAUCUUUGAUGAAACGAAAGCGGAUCUUACUGGAAUCUCUCCAAAUCCCAAUUUUUACCUAUCGAAAGUUAUUCAUAAAACCUUUGUGGAGGUGGAUGAAAAUGGCUCAGAGGCAGCAGCAGCCAGUGGGGCCGUGGGCAUGGAAAAGUCCAGUCCCUCCUGGGUGACGUUUAAUGUCAAUCAUCCUUUUCUCUUUUUCAUCAGACACAAAAAAACCCAAACCAUUCUCUUCUAUGGCAGGGUUCUCUCUCCUUAA